CACUCUAUAAAUAUGGUUCCCCAACACACAAUCUCCCACCAUUAUUGAGGAGUAGUACACGACUGACAUCAAAUUUCACAACUAUGGCUUCUAAUUACUAUUCUUUUCACACUCUCGCCACUCUACUCAUUACUCCAUUAGUUCUUGGCACACUCUGUGUCAUUUUCCCCUUCUUUUGCAUCUUUAGGAUCGUGCUUUUUCUGUAUCGGCUUGUGGUAAAUGAGAACAUGAAAGGAAAAGUUGUUCUCAUCACUGGCGCUUCAUCAGGAAUUGGGGAGGAAUUGGCUUAUGAAUAUGCAAGAAGAGGUUCUUCAAUAGUAAUAGUGGCGAGAAGGGAGGAGCAGCUUCGAAAAGUAGCGGAGAAGGCAAGGAGCUUAGGGUCUCCGGAUGUGCUUUCUAUAAGAGCUGAUGUAUCCAACGUUGACGACUGCAAGCGACUUGUUGAUCAAACUGUCAAUCAUUUCGGUCGUUUGGAUCAUCUCGUCAACAAUGCUGGAAUAUCCUCUGUGUGCUCUAUCAAUGAUGUGACGGACAUUACGACGUUUACAUCUGUUAUGGAUAUCAACUUCUGGGGAUCUGUUUACCCAACUUACUUUGCAAUUCCUCAUCUGAAGAAGACAAGAGGGAAGGUGUUUGUCAAUUCUUCAUCCGUGGCAAUUUUGUACCCGCCAUCCUUAAGCUUCUAUACUGCGAGUAAAGCUGCAUUAAUAGGCUUUUACGAGACUAUGAGACUUGAAUUGGCUCCGGAAAUCUCAAUUACCAUUGCAACGUUAGGAUUUACUGAUUCGGAAAUAAUACGAGGAAAGCACCUAAAAGAUGGGUUCUUGCAAGUUGAAUCAGAAUUAGCUAAUGUAAGAUAACCAACCAUUAAUUUCACUGUUUAUUUUCUCUUUUUUUUUUGUUUCCCAUCCGGUGUUCGGUAUCCGUAUUAAUGGAGUCCAAUUAAUCCGGAUUCGCGCCGCGUAGGGCCCCAUUCGGGGGAAACGUUCCCUACCAAGGAUUCCAUAUCCAGGGCUCGAACCCGAGACCUCUGAUUAAGGAAAGAGCAGUCCCAUCCUCUGCACCACAUCCUUUGGUGGUCAGUGUUUAUUUUCACAAUAUAUUUAUAUGGCCGUUUAGUUGGUUAACAACUUGAAGGAUGGGCUUACAAUCCCUAUUAUUUAAUUU